ACUUCCACUGCGCUCCCCAACACCGGUGAUUCCAGUUGGGAUCCAUAACCCAGUUCGAUCGGAUACACCCAAGAGCGUGGCCAGGUUCGAGGGGCUCAGAGUGUGGCCACUGUUCGCACGCGGUGGUGCUAUAUUCCCUUUUCCUCCCACUUGAAUAUGAUUCGAGCGUCUAGACUAGGCUCAGAAGAUCGAGGGACGUCAUGUGACAGGGAUUGGGCGGGUCAAUAGACCUGGUCGACAAUCUGAUUACUUGGAUGUUACGCGUAAAGCGAUUGAUUGCUACGGACGGCCUUUUAACACCCGAGAUCCUGUCGAGAUUUUAAACGAACAUCUGCCCAGUCCAGCGUGGCUACGUUGGUAUCUCUAGUGUCAAGGUCGAUCCUCUAUGAUCAAACGCUCUGAAGCAGCAUCUCGAGCUCUGUGUGUGUGUGUGAGAGAGAGAGAUUAAAACAUAGAUAGAUGACGUCCAUCGAGAAAUCUCCGAAGGCGCAGUUGGUCCCAUUCAAGACGCAGGGACAUUGGACUCCCUUCGUGAACUUGAUGCGGGCGCUGGCAGCGCACGGGAUCAAUCUCAAGGUGUGCCUAACAAAAAUUCCUGCCGAUGAGCUGAGGAUUCUCAUGGAAAAGGGACAACUCGAGAACGUCGAUAUUGAAAUCGUGGAGGCUUUCAGGGAUACAAUUCAUAUUCCGAACACGCACGCACCAUCGAUCGUAUGGUCGAGGAUUUUGAAGAGUACAAGGGCAAACUCGCACUCUCGAUGCCCACCGUCUCGUGCUUGAUCGUGGACAUGUUCGUCGGUACAGUCUGUGCGGGUUUUGCAGAUGAAUGGAGGUUUCCGAUGUAAAUUUCGUCUCCUCAGCAUGUGCCUUCACCUUUUGUAUGCUGCACACGUAAACUCUGCUCGACGAUGACUGGAGUUACAGCAAUCCAGCCAAGAGCAAUUCCCAUGUAGAUCUGCAGGGGCUCGAAAUGUUCACCGGAGCUGAUAUACCGAUAUCCAAUGCCGUGGUUAGGAUCCUCUACAGAGAGCACUCGGCUGCUUUCAAAAGAAGCGCAGCCGUGAUCAUAAACUCCUUCGAGGAGUACGACGGGAAGCUGCUGAACAUUCUGAGACAGCAGCUCGAGCUUCAUGUGCAGCCCGGCAGGGUAAUUCUGAUCUUCAUCUGAGCUGAUCGCGUUUUCAAAUGGCUUUCCUUCACCUUCCACCUUCCACGGCCUCUAACGAGGAGUGUUCGACAUUUGAAGCCGAAAGUGUACCCGGUCGGCCCGCUGCGGCUGGUGGCCACCUCCCGCCUCGACGAGAAGCAGAACAUUCCCACGGGGACGCACGAGUGCAUCGAGUGGUUGAACCGGCAGGAAAAUUCGUCCGUCUUCUUCAUCUGCUUCGGGAGUGAGACCGAGACCUCGUCGUAAGGAGCUGGGUGCCGCAGGAGGAGGUGUUGCAGCAUCCCGCUGUUUAUGGCUUCUUGUCACACUGCGGCUGGAGUUCCAUCAUGGAAGCAAUUGAAGGGGCCGUUCCUAUCGUGACCUGUCCAAUGAAUGCAGAGCAAGCCCUGAACGCGAGGUAAUCCGUUGCAGCGACACAGAAAGCCCGAUUUGUUUGCUGCUGCUUGUGUUGAAGAAUCAGCCGAUCGUCGGGUCUCGAUUAUACAAGUCUUAAGUGCUUCAAUGGCUGCUACUUCAAUCGUGGAGGAGUCGAAGAUAGACAUUCCGAUCGUGCACAAGGGCCGAGUGGGCGACGUCGAUGGGCAGGAAGUGACGAAGGCGAUCAGACUUUUCUUGGAGAGAAGAGAAUCACUGAGACGGAACACUCUGCGCCUGAAAGAGGCAAUGAACGCCACCGUGACAGAAGGUGAAUCAUCUCAUCAGCAUCUGAAGAAUCUCCUCGCUGCCAUCUCAAACCUCAAACGGUAAGCUAUCACGGACCUCUGCGGAAUUAAUUUCAGUUCUCUCGGAUCGAACAUGACGAGACAAGACUGACCUAUUGAUAGCAACGGACUUGUCCAUUUUAUAUCAUUCUGUGAAUUCGCAGAGGAAAUCAAAUACUUUCGGUCCUGAAUGGUCGGAGUUCAUGUUCUAUCUAUUGCUCCGUCGGAUGUUGCCACUGGAUCCAAGAGGCAGGAGUUAAGUCCUGACCGGGUCUCGUUUAUUCGGUCACUGUGCAACUCUAACUUGUAGGUCUAGUCGAUUCUGACGUCAAGCGUCUAAUUAGUCUAGAAAGUGAACAAGUUUAAAACAAGAUUCGGCCUUGAAAGUGAUCAUGAAC